CUUUUAGUCAUGGAUGUACAUGAAACAUACCAGCUCCUCAAUGUAGGAGGAAAGAGAUAUAGAUCGAAAAGCAAAAGCAGAGGAAGAAUAAAAUCAAUAGAAGUCUCUGAUCCCAAAAAUUUACCAACAAGAAACAUCAGCGACAAUAAUCUCUUCAAACACCAAUUCAAAUCAUCUCACCUCAAAAACCCUUCCCAAGACACCUCAAACCCUCUCCCCAAUCUAAAAUAGCUCUUUCACCAAAGAAAUGAGCAUCUCCUCCUUAAGAAAGUCCCCCUUCAUCACUAAUUUCCACUCUCGUCAGUCACAUCAGCCACAAAACUCCCAAAAUUCCUUAAGAUCAGUAGCAAAACUCAACCUAAAGCUGCCUACAAAACUCACUUCGAAAGCUACCUCAAGAGCAGGUGCGAAAGCACCUGCUCCAGAAGCUGCUCUUGAUCGUGGUCUUAUCAGCUCGCUUUCAGUCGAGGACUUUGUACUGGAAGCCAAGGCUUCGCAGUACCUGACUGAUGUCAGAGCUUAUAAGAAUAAGAACUAUAGAAGCUUAAGGAGUAAGAAAGGAACGAAGUUGAGUGUCAAUGCGACUACAGAGGAUGUGUAUAGGGAUGUAAUGGUGAAUAGGAGUAGUAGCAGGAAAUAAAAGGGUGACUAGUUUGAAGAGGAAUUUUGAUACACAGGAGAAAGGAACUUUUGAGAUUGAGAACUUAGGAACGCCAGCUAGUCGUCCUGAUGCAGCAAAUCUUUUAAAAUGGAUGAAUGAAGAGAUUGAUAAAGUCAAGAAAGAUAUGGAAAAGACAAAAUCGGAGAAAUUAAUCGCAUGCCAGGCUAUUUACAAUCUCGCUUGGAAAGAGCUCACAAGACAAGUCAGUGUUCAAUGUGUGGAAAGAGGAAUUUUAAUGGAUAAAAUUUUCAAAGCUUAUUUUGAUUUAAUCAAUAAAGUUUACAAAAAUCUUGAGGGCCAGCAGAAUGAAACUGAAAAGACAUCUGAAAUGAGAAUGUCUCAUAUGAAGAAAGCACUUCAACACAAAAUUGAUACUCAAGAGGAGGAAUACAAUAAAUUAUUUACAAAUAAGGGAUCUCUGGAAGAGAAACUUAGAGAUCUCGAAGGGCAAUUUAAACAGCUUAAAGAAAAAUAACGCUAAAAUAUCCCAUGAUAAUUACAGAAUGAAGUUUAUAAUCGCUGAUAAUCAUCAGAAAUUUGAAGCCAUGAAAUCAGAUGUAGAAUAUUAUAAGUUCAGAGUUAAGGAAAUGUCUGAAGUCUCUGAAGAAGAGGAAGAUGCUAUAAAGAAGAUCUUGCACAAAAAUAGGCCUACCCAAAAAUACACUGAUUGCCAUGAUAUUGAAAAAUAUAUUGAAGGAGAUCAAAUCUCUGAAUAUGAUGAAGAAAAGAAAGAGCUGAAUGAGAAAGAAGAAAAAUAAGGAAAAAGAGCUAAUAAAACAAAAUAAACAAAAAUUUCCGAAAACAGUCAACACACAGACAGAUCCUCCUCCCACAAAUAACUUUGGCGUUCAGAUUAAGGAUGGACAGGAAAUGCUGAACAAAAUUGAUAUUAGAGUUCGAUCCGCAAAAGAUCCUCCAAAAGAUACUUCUAAAACUCCAAUCCCUGAUUCUGAUGAAAAACUUCCUCUUAAGAGGUCUCAGAGCUGAUCUAUUGCUGGUGUAUUUAGCACUAAAGCAGAGAUAAGAACUGACAAAGAAUACCAGAAAUUUUUAUCCAACACAGAUCUCCAUAAGAUCAAGACUAUCGACAAAAGACUUCACUCUAAAAUUCUAGAACAAAUGGCGAUCAACCAAGACAACUUUGAGUAUCUAAAAUCUAACCUUCUCCUCAAAAUCUCAACUGAAAAAGCUCUUAGCCAAAAACUGUCUCAAACACUUAAAUAAACUCCAAUCAGUGGAAUCCCAAAACACAGACAUUCACGACCAAAUCUCCCAAUUAGCCAAAGACAAAGAAAUGCUGCAUGAAGAAAACUGUCAUUUAAGAGAUAUGGUCCGCACAAUGAAGGAAAACGGAUGUCUCCUCCAAGCAGAAGCUGAUGAAGACUGUGAAGAGGAUUAUGUGAUGAAGGAUGGAGUCAGGGUGAAGAAGCAUCAAGCACAUUUGGUAGUAGAUAAGAUUAAGAAGAAGAGAACUGGAUCGAUAAAGAUGUCAAAAGCUAGUGUGCUGAAGACUAUAGCCAGGUUUGAUGAUGCGUUUAGGCUGCAUAAGGAUUCUGAGAGGAAGGUACUAGCAGAAAUUAUUUAUGAAGAUUUUCAACAGCAUUAUGGGUUAUCCUCUGCGACGAUAAAAUAGCGUAGCGGAACUAAAGUUCAAACGUUUUUUGAAAGCGAUACGAGCGUAUAGUACAUCCAAGCCUCUUUUCCUUUCUUCCCAAGCUACAGAAACUGCUAGGUCUGUUUCUAAAAAUCCAAAUUUCUGUAUUCAAGAUUUUGCUCAAGCCAUUGGUCUAAGUGAGGAUGUGAAAAAGAAGGGAGAAAAGCAAUCAAAAGAAGAAUUUAAACAACAAACUGAGGAGGAGGGAAUCAUAGAGUAGAAGAAUUUAAAAAUUCAGUGAGGAA